AUGCUCGCCCGAAACAUCGUCGAGGACAGACCGGUGGAUAGUGCUCGUCCAAUUAGGGUUGUAGUCAUGGGAGCCGGACUAUCAGGAAUAAUCUCCUGCAUUCGACUGUCUCAACGAAUUAAGAAUAUAGAUCUUAUUGUGUACGAGAAGAAUGCUGAUGUUGGCGGAACCUGGUACGAGAAUCGUUAUCCAGGCUGUAAAUGUGAUGUCCCAUCGCAUACCUAUCAAGCAACUUUUGAACCCAAUUUAGAGUGGUCGCACUUCUAUGCCAAUUCGAAAGAGAUUUAUCAGUAUUGGAAGAAAGUGGCCGUGAAAUACGGCUGCAUGAAAUACAUCAAGCUCAAACAUAGAGUUGUCGAGACAUGCUGGAGCGAUGAGCGUGCGCAAUGGAAUUUAAAAGUGCAAACCGAGGAUGAUUCCGUAAUCAUCGACUCAUGCAGCGUCUUCAUUUCUAGUGUUGGAGGGUUGAAUAACUACAAAUGGCCUGAUAUUCCCGGGCUGCAUGAUUUUCAAGGAAAACUGAUGCAUACGGCCGCUUGGGAUGAGAAUUAUGAUUACAAAGGAAAAGCAAUUGCCGUCAUUGGAAAUGGGUCGAGUGGAAUACAAGUGGUUCCGGCAAUACUUCCGGAUGUCAUUCAUAUUGACCAUUAUGCCCGUAACAGGACGUGGUUGGCCACUACUUUUGCCCGUGACAAGCUUGAAGAGAUGAAUGGGCGUGAUAAUGAUAUAGAGACUAGUCAGUCUUGUUACAUGCCCCUUUCUUAUUCAAACCAACGUGGCCUAGUCGCUUUCACUACUGAAAUAAUUGCCCAAUUCAAAUCCGACCGAGCAGCAUAUCACAAGUUCAGAAAGGACAUUGAGCACAAUUUGCAGAGCAAUUUUUCUGUAACCAUACGUGGGACACCAGAACAACUUGCCGGUGAAGAAUACUUCAAGGCAAUUAUGAAGCGACGUCUGGCCAAGAAACCCGACUUGUUUGAUCAAAUGCUUCCGUCAUUCCCUCCUAACUGUCGUCGAUUGACACCGGGACCAGGCUAUCUGGAAGCCCUAACGGACGACAAGGUCGAGGUGAUUAAGACUCCUAUCAGCAGCGUUGAUGCUACUGGUAUUCGUACAGUGGAUGGAAUACAUCGAGCAGUCGAUGCUAUUGUAUGUGCGACGGGGUUUGACACAAACUUUUUACCCCGUUUCCCUCUCACCGGGCAUAAUGGAGCUUCUCUCGCAGAGAAAUGGAAAGAGAUACCCGAAACAUACAUUUCCCUUGCGACAAAUGAUUUUCCAAACUACUUUAUUUGCUUGGGACCAAACGGCAAUGUUGGACAUGGAAGUCUUACAUUGCUGAUCGAGAAGCAAAUCGACUACAUAACGCAAUGCGUGGCAAAGAUUCAGCGCGACAACAUUCGCUGGAUGGCCCCUUGCAAAGGAGCAGUUGAGCAAUUCACGAAACACUGUGAGCAGUAUUUUAGCAAGACGGUCUUUGUUGCACAAUGUUGUAGUUGGUACAAGGCAGGAAAUAAGGACGGAAGAAUCAUUGCCCUCUGGCCUGGAUCUACUCUGCACGCCUCAAAGACAUUCAGUAACCCACGCUGGGAAGAUUUCGAAUAUGAAUACAUCAAUGAUAACCCCAACGGCUGGAUCGGCGAUGGCUGGACGGCAGCCGAGAAAACGCGGUCGUUUGAUGUUGAUUAUCUUGAUGACGAUCAGGUUGAUUCCCCGCCGGUAGAAGUAGUAGACGAAGUUUGCUCUACGUCCUAA